AUGCUAUUCAGCAGAAACUGUGGGAACAUGGUGCGCAUGAACGUUCUCUCUGAUGCUCUCAACAGCAUCAACAAUGCCGAGAAGCGUGGAAAGAGACAAGUGCUCAUCCGGCCUGCCUCCAAGGUUAUUGUUCGCUUCUUGACCGUAAUGAUGAGACACGGAUACAUUGGAGAGUUCGAGAUUGUUGAUGAUCAUCGAGCAGGCAAGAUUGUUGUCAACCUCAACGGCCGUCUCAAUAAGUGCUCGGUUAUUUCCCCACGUUUUGAUAUCAAGCUCAAGGAUAUCGAGCAAUACACAACUAACUUGCUCCCAUCCCGUCAGUUCGGGUACCUCAUCCUAACCACAUCCGCUGGUAUUAUGGACCACGAGGAAGCUAGGAAAAAGCAUAUAGGAGGGAAGAUUCUCGGAUUUUUCUUCUAA